AGAAAGUUGAAGUGCUGAAUCCAACACCUCCCUCCUUAGAUAGGUCGGUAGGUAAUAACUGGGCAGCUCCAAGCCUCUGUCCUGCCGUGACGCGUAAAGCCGUGGCGUGAUUUGUGGUUCGUCUUCACUAGUUCGGUGGGGCUAACCGUCGCCCGAUGCAGGUGCCAAUGUGCGUUUCCGAGGCAGGUGCAACGGCCCCAAUAGGCGGACGGUGACAGGGUAAAUAAUCCUAGCGCGGCCUGUACGCGCUCCCAUAUUUUCAACACGAACCGCGCCUCUUCCUUCUCCGAGUUUUUUUUUUCAAGCUGGCGAAUUAAUUAGAUGUGGCAGCCAGCCUCCAGCCUCCAGCCUCCAGCCUUCAGCCCUACGACACUGCCUCACAGCUGCAUUGCUCCGCAUUGGGCGCUCUGAUCUCCAGGGACGGCACUUCAAAGACGCGCACACCGCCUAACGCGACCCAAUGGCAAACAACCUGCUUCUCGGCGGGGUGGCAGUACUCGCCGCUUUCGUCACCCUCGUCGCCUACGGCCUCCCACUGUUCUUCGCCGAGUACUUUCCCUGGCAGACCAUCCGCAAGCAGCGCUAUGGCCGGCCGACGCUGGUCACCAAGUCGUACAAGGGCCGGACCGCCCUGAUCACGGGCGCCAAUGGCGCCUUUGGCUCGCGCUCUGCCAAGAUCUUUGCCCAUAAUGGCAUCGACACGCUGGUCCUCGUCGAUGUCAUGGACUGCGCCGCCAUCAAGGCCCAGAUCGAGGCAGAGCUUAAGGAGCUGGGCAAACCCAUCCCUACCAUUCUGAUGUGGCAAAUCGAUAUGAUGACUUUUGCUGGCUGCCAGGAAGUGGGUAAGAAGGCGCGCGAGUUUAAGAACCUCGACCACGUCUUGUUGACCGCCGGCAUCCUCUCCUACAAGCGCCGCGAGUCCCCCGAGGGCUGGGAAACUUCAAUCCAAGUCAACUACCUCUCCACGGCGCUCGUGGCCAUGCUUCUCCUCCCAGUGCUCAAGGCGUCGCCGGGCAAUCCAUCGCCGCCUGUGCUGACCUUUGUGACAUCCUUCGGCAUCUACCCGUCGUCUUACACCCUGUCCAUGCCCAAGAAGGGCAACUACCUUAAACACCUGAGCAACAACAAGGACGGCAUUCAGCAGGGACAUCAGUACGGCCGCUCCAAGGCCCUCCUUCUCUACUUUGCGCGCGAGCUCGCCGCCCGUACCGCCAUCGGUCAUCUACCCCGCAAGGUCACAAUCAACAGCGCCGACCCCGGUACCGCCUGGACCGGCCUGACCGGCCCCAAUAACGAAAAGCUGAUCCCGCGCCUCAUCACAAACUUUGGCGCCAGAGACCCCCAGCUCUGCGCCACGGCCCUCGUCAAUGGCGCCUCCGCGGGCGCCGAAAGUAACGGCAAGAUUCUGCAUGACUUUGACACUGCGCCAUAUGCGCCAUUCAUGGAGCGAAAGAGCGGACUCUUGGCGCAGCUGCGUGUCUGGGAGGAGACGAGGAGCGAGUUUGAGACCAAAGUCCCAGAGACCAAGGCCGUCUUUGACUUGCUGGGUGCCGAAUAGGCGUCGUACGUCAGGCUCUAUUAGUUAAGAACCCAUACUUGUGCCGUGACAAUGUUUCGGGAGUGUAAUCAGUAAUUAGGCGAUCGAUUUGCUGUUAAUGGAAUCGGUCUAAGGUAUAUGUUGGAAUGUGGGCCUCAAAGAAGCCAGGCAGAGGAUUUGCAGCCUACUUCGCGGCCUACUUCGCCACCUAUUUCGCCACCACAAUAGCAGUAUAAAAAGGGGGCUUUCUGGUACUGCCAG